AUGCAAAGCCAAAUUUCACAGUCUAGUAUAUGGCUGGAAACAGAUCAGGUUGAAGAACAAGAAUUGCUGAGAAAUAUUUUAAUGAAUUUCAUUCCCACUUUUGGGAAAGACCAGGUAGGUUUACAUCCUACGUUGAAAGUAAUUAGCGAUUCUAAAGAAAGCCAACAUAAUCAUACACCACCACCUUCAUAUGAAGAAGUUUCAUCAAUGCUAGAUUGUCAUGAAGUUUCUGCUAGACAUAGGGGGCGUUCAAUGUCACCUAGUGGGAGAUCUAAUAAUAAUAGAAGACAUAGUAAUGUUAAUCAAGAUAAUGAUGGCGCAAAUAAUGAAAUUAACGCUACAGGGAAUAGUGAUAAUAUGAGUAUUCAUAAAACACAAAUAGAAACACGAAAAUCUACCAAAGAAAAAACCAUUAAUUAUAUUCAGUCACAAUGGGUUUCUGAGGAUUUCGACACCAAGGAUCUCAGAUCGAUUAAUUUAUCCCAGCCUUUUAUAAUGAUUAGUCCAAAGUCAACAUUCAUCGAAAAAUUCUUAGAAAAAAGAUGUGAAAGGCGAUUUGCAAAACAUCAAGUUCCUAUUGAUAAUAACGUCUCUUCGAUACCAGCUGAAUACUUGAAGUUAUUGGAGGUGGAGAUAUUCCGUGAAAGUGAUGUUUUGGAUUCGAUUUCUCAAGAUCUAUGGAAUGAAUUUGGACAUUGGGCAUAUUUUACAAAGGUUCCCAAUUUUAGAAAAAAAUUCCGGCAUCACUGUCGACGUCUAUGGGCUAAAACAAGGCAUGCGCAUGAGCAACGAAUAAAAACUUGGAAGGUGCCUCUAGAAGAUUAUGAAAUCCCAGAAAUAUUCCAACGGCACCCAAAGGACAAACUUGUUAUUGCAGAUGAAACAACUAACAAAGUUAUAAAUAAUAUCCACCUCAAUGGCUACCAAUAUAUUUCUAAAUCAUGUUGCAUUAAAAAUACUUUUGGCGAAACGAUGGUUGACUUCUUUGAUCUCAACAAUUUAGAAUCUGCAAAAAUUGCACAGAUGGUAGUGGAUAAAUAUUAUGAUCACACUCGUAAACACAUCAGUCAUCAAAGUAUCCAUUUUAUCAAUAACCUGGCAGAACAAUUCGGUUGUCUGACAGAUAGCAACAUUGAGCCUUAUGUUACGACGAGCACCGCUUCUAAUCAUUCUCAAGAGCAUCGGGAUUGUGUUAGAGAAUUAAUACAAGGACUUCAACCAUUAUCAGAUGUGGUUAAUAAUUAUAUUGAUGCCACCUAUCCAGCGUUAUAUACCAAAAUGAAAAAACUUGAUCUAGGUUCCAACGUCCCUAAAUGUUUUGGUGCCUUCCCAACUGUCGGUAUUAACUUUAACUCUAUCAGCCAGUUCCAUCGGGAUCUGAAAGAUCAUAGUAAUACACUUUGUGUUGUUUGUCCUUUGGGGGUAUUCAAAGGUGGACAACUGGCAUUUCCCGAGUUAAAAUUGGCAAUUGAUGCUAAACAAGGACAGGCAAUAGCUUUUCGAUCACAUCUUUUAAUUCAUGGGAAUUUUCCAAUAACAGUUGGGUCGAGGCAUAGUGUUGUCUUCUAUAUUCAUGGCACAGUUAUAAAACAAAACCGGAAAUUCAGUUCUCUUUUUGAUAACAAGGAUUUAGAUGUGUCAGAGAUUCUAGGCUCUACUUAUAAAGAGCACAAGAAACUGCCAAAAUAUUCUCCUCCUAGUUUAAGCUCUCGAAAAUUUAUAACGAAAUUAAGAAACCAUAGGCGAAGUCAUCUCGAUUUGGAACCCGCAAGAAGAGGCUUACCAGCGCAGUAUAGGAAAUAA